UGCAAUGUUUGACUUUGAUGUUUCUGUCAGUUUGUCAGUUGGCAUUUUUUGUUUAAAUAUUUGCUUAAAAUGGAAGAAAUUCUACAAAAUAUAAGAGAAAAGGCCAUAAAAGCGACUGAAAAUAUUUUGCCAGUUAAAUCAAGGCAACAGUAUGAUCGGGAGUAUGGCAUUUGGAAAGAUGCCAACGCAAUUGUUCAAAUAACCGAAACCGUUCUAAUGGCAUAUUUUCAGGAACUGUCGGAAAAAUACAGUCCGAACUCUCUCUGGACCAAGUAUUCUACCCUAAGGUCUACGUUAAUGGUCUAUAAAAAUAUAGACAUCUCGCAAUACCAUCGUCUCAUAUCUUUUUUAAAAGUCGAAAGGAUAUGUCCCAAAGAAGUCUAAAGUUUUGGAAGGAGAACAAAUAAUAAAAUUUAUUAAGAAGGCUCCUGAUGAUAUCUACUUGGUACACAAAGUCAUGGUAAUGGGUGUUUUUGGAGGUUUAAGACGAGAUGAGUUGGUCAAAAUGACCAUUGAUGAUAUUGAAGAUAGAGGAAUGGUCUUGGUUAUAAAAGUACCAGAAACUAAAACUUCAACUUUAAAAAGUUUUACUAUCAUUGAAGAAGAUUUAGGCGCUUUAAAUUUAAUAAAUAAACUUUAUUUCCAAAAUAAAAAUUACAAUUUUGAAAUGUCCCGGAAAAUGUAGCUGAUCCCACUAUAGAAUGGUUGGUGUUUUUUGUGAUGGUAGAGG